AUAAUUACAAUAAAAAUGAACAAAACAAACACUGAAAAUGAUGCCAAAGUUAAAUUGCGAGAGAUGCAUUGCAAAUUCAAUCCGCUCUCCCGAUGCGAUGGUUCCGUCAUGUAUAGCCAAGGUGCCACAGUUGUUAUUGCCGCCGUGCUCGGUCCCAUCGAGGUGAAGACACAGAAUCUGAGCAUUGAAGGUAGCUACUUGGAGUGCAACUAUCGCCCCAAAGCAGGUUUGCCCCAGGUGAAGGAGCGCAUUCGCGAGGCGGCCAUACGAGAUGUGUUGGAACUGGCGCUCCUAAGUGAAGCUUAUCCGCGGGCGAAAAUGUCGCUACAGGUGCAGGAGCUAGAAGAUCGUGGAAGCAUAGACGCGUGCGCUUUGAAUGCAGCCUGUCUAGCUAUGCUUAUUGGUGGCUUGCCCUUGAAGUACAGCUUUGCGGCCGUGCACUGCAUCAUAAAUGAAAAAGGCGACUUUAUUCUAGACCCUGAGGAAAGUGAGACGCAGCAUCAGAAAGCCAGCUUUACAUUUGCCUUUGAUUCUGUGGAUGGAGACCUGUUGUUAGUACAAACGAAAGGCGCCUUCAAGAUUGCACAGUUCAAUGAUAUCGAAUGUAUUUGCCGCCAGGCCAGUGUGGAGAUCUUUGACUUCUAUCGGAGUAACAUAGCCAAGUACCAUAGCAAAAGCGAGGAUCAACCCUUAGCGACUAUAGAAAGCGCCCGCAGUGAACUGCCAAUGGAAACGUGAUGUACAAUAGUUAAGUUCAAUUAAAACUCUAACCACU